AUGGCUCGUCUGGACACAUUACCAGUCGAGCUCCUCCAUGACAUUGCUGGUUUCGUCUCAUCGAAUGCCGUCAUGUUAGAUGCAAAGGGCGAGACUGGGGAAAAAUCAAGAUGGGCCGAAUCUGACCUGGCAGCUUUGUCAUGCACGAAUCGGCAAUUUCACCAAAUAUUCACCCCAUAUCUCUAUCAAUGGGACCAGGAGUACGGAUCGUAUGCCAUGAGCUGGGCAAUACAAACCUCAUCAUACGAAACUCUGGAGAAGACUUUGACUCUCGGAUACCAUCUCGACAGUAUUAUAACUCUUGCAAAGAGGUGGCGCAAUUAUAAAGAGAAUCAAAGGCAUCGGCCUAUUGAGAUUGCAAUUCUUUUCGAAGAGCAUCGACUUCUGAAGUGGCUGCUGGAGCACGGUGCCAGCGCAGAUCCUGGCCCAGUCAAAGACGUCCAACUCGAGGAUGGCUCCGUCCACCGUAUGGCUCAAGGUCGGAGUUCUUCGCCACUUUAUCGGGCGUUGGUACAGCUUUCAGACGACAACGCAGCCGUCAUACUACUGGACGCUGGUGCAAGGACUAGAUUUGGGAGAGACGAUACGUUUUUCUACAGCUGUACUGCACUCCAUCUAGCUGCAACCCGUGGACUGGCCAAGACUAUGGAGAGGCUAUUGCUCCCGAAAGACACUCUCGACAUCAAUGAGAAAGAUUGGCACGGUCACACAGCACUCCAUUUAGCCGUGCUUGAACAAGACCAUAGAAUGGCUAUCAUUGAGAAGCUUUUAAGGCAUGGGGCAAAUCCCCAUACGUCCAAUAAUGAGAACACGACAGCGAUUGAGUCCGCCGUCUCGACCGGGCACUUAGAGAAUGUACUUGCCUUGAUCCAGGCCAUGGCAAAUACAUCCCCUCAAGAUGCUAGUGAAGUAUGGACCCCCCCCUGCUGUGCACAGAAUCCUAACGGCUCUGCGCGAACGCCGCCUCGACCGAUAUGA